AAAUUGAUGUCAUCUAUACACUGUGAAUGAUUUAAACAACAAGAAGAAGCAUUUAUUUUUGUAAACAAACUUUUUCAGCAUUUUGUGUAGUAAAUAUAAAUAAAAUAAAUAAAUUAUAAUAAAUUAAAUACCAUGGUAGACUUAUGUCGUCUAUGUGCUUCACUACGUAAGAUGGACUUUUUAGUCUCCAUUACAGAUGAAAUCUGUGAAAAGUUACAAAAAUGUUGUCAGCUUAAUAUAAAUAUGCAGGAUGCUCUACCUAAAACUAUAUGCCAGGAAUGUCUUGGAAAUUUAAAUAAAUCACAUAAAUUUUUUAUAAAAGUAACAGAGGCGCAAGAAACUUUGCAAGCAUUGUAUCCAAAUAACUCGUUAUCAGAAGAAUCUAAUAAGGACUUGGAAUCUACACAGUCAACUUUAUUAAAAACUUUGUCUGCCCAUAAGGAAAAUCCCAUGAAGAGAAAACAUGAUAAAGUGAUAAUUAUUAAUGAAAACGAUAAACAAGAAAUUAAAAAGCCAGAAAUUCCUUUAAAACAAAUCAAACUUGAAAAACUUCUAGCAGUUAAAACAAACAAGGAACCCAAGUGUAAAAAUUCCCCCGAAAACUUUCUACAAGAAGUUUACAAUAUGCUAGAUAUGACCAAAGAAGAAGCUAUCAUGGAGAAUUCCUAUGAAAUACUCGAAACUAUAGAAGAAAAUGCUGAAGACUUAACUGAGGAUAGUAGUGACAAAUAUCUCAAUUAUGAAGAGACUUCUGGACAGCCGGAACCAUUAAUAGAAGAACAUCAUGUUUUGGAAGAUAGUAAUGUUAGUAAAAAUCCUAUAGAGGUUUUAGAAGAUAAGCAGACAGACGUUAUUAUAUUACCGGAUAAAGAAAUCAAUAUACAAUUUGAAUAUGUGGAUAAUUAUGAGGAGGAUGAAGAGGAAGAUGAUCAAUUACUAUCCAAUGUGGAUAGAGAUCAAUCUAAAGGGUCAGGAGGGGAAAUAAUGCAAAUAAAUUCAUGGAAAUCCUAUAAUUACUUAUGUUAUCUUUGUGACAACAAUUUCAACAACUUCUUGGAUUUGUACGCACAUCUAGCCGACCAACAUCAGCAAACGGAAAUCGAUAAAUUAUAUUAUAAAUGUUUUGAUUGUCAAAAAGUAAUACCACAUUAUAAUUACUUUCUCAAUCACAUACGUUCAAAACAUCAUCCCAGCUUAAAAUUAAAAUGCGAAAUCUGCGACUUAAGUUAUCAGAACUAUGAAGAACUCUCCUAUCAUCGUAGUGUUAAUUGCCCAAAUGCUAAUAAAUAUGCUCACAUAGUACCCUGUAAUAAAUGUUUUAAAAGUUUUCAAAGUCUGUAUGGUUUACAAAAUCAUUAUAAAGUACAACAUACGCACAUUAAACCCAAGUCAAAAUAUCAAUGUACAGAGUGUGAUAAAGAGUUUCAGUAUAAAAGUUGUUUAAAAGUACAUAAACAAGUUCAUAAUCGUAAUAAGAAAUUUGCCUGUAGUUAUUGUGAUCGUACAUUUAACAAUAAAAGUAGUUUGGAGUUUCAUCUUUAUUCUCAUGUAGAUGAAAAGACCUAUAAAUGUAAUAUAUGUAAUAAAAGUUUUAAAACAUACCUAUCCCUCGAUCAACAUCUGGCAUUGCAUCGUGAAGAGAAACCAUUCAAAUGUGAAUUUUGUGAUAAAGAUUUUCGCACAAAAAUCCAAAAAAUUGCCCAUGAACGUACACAUACCGGCGAAAUGCCUUUUCCCUGCGGUCAGUGUGAUAAACGUUUUCGUUUUCUUAGCGCUCUUAAUGCUCACAUUAAGAUACAUACGGGCGUUAAACCUUAUUCAUGUGAGUAUUGUGAUAAAACAUUUGCCGAUAGUUCAAAUCGUAAUAAACACGUUAGACGAAAACAUGCUAAUGGUGAAAAACAAGUGAAUAAAAAAGACUAAAAAAGUGUUGCGCUAAUAAUUGCGUGUUUAGUGAAAGUUAUGUGAAGAAAGUUUAAAAACCUAGAUUUUGUUUUAGUACAAGAUGUAUAGGUUUAAUGCAGAUAGUAUUGACAACA